AUGAACGGCCAUGCGGAACCGAGCAAGCGUCAACGCUUCGACGUGCCUGCCAAGAUGAAAGCAUUACAAUACUCUGGCCCCGAGAAGUUUGCAGUCGAGACUAUCGAUGUUCCAGCAAUUGGAGACGAUGAUGUUCUUGUCAAGAUCUCAGCGUGCGGUGUAUGCGGAACAGAUUUGCAUUACCAUAAAGGCGAGUUUCUAGCAAAGUAUCCUUUGAUACCUGGCCACGAAGCAGCAGGCACCGUCGCCGCUAUCGGCAAGAACGUCAAGAAUGUCGCGGCCGGUGACCGCGUAGCAGCCGAUGCCUUACAGCCAUGUCUGAACUGUUUCUACUGCACGCGUAGAAAGACUCAACUCUGCGAGAAUGUCAUCGGAUAUGGCGGUAAUGUUCCGGGUGGAUUCGCAGAGUACUGCAGAUACCCAGCUCGUAUGGUCUUCCCUAUUGGAAACCUUCCAGAUCUAGAGGCCGUCUUGCUCGAACCCGCCGCAUGCGCGGCGCAUGGUAUUGAGAGAAUGCAGAUGGAGGUCGGAAGCAGAGUGCUGCUUUUCGGAUGCGGCCCGACGGGCAUAUUGCUGGCUCAACUGAUCAAUAUGAACGGCGCUGCUCAUCUGACCAUCGCUUCAAAAGGCGGCCCGAAACUCGAUCUCGCGCGCGAACUCAACAUCGCCGAUUCCUACAUCACCAUAUCCGACGAUAACCCUGGAGAUGACAUGGCCACGCUCUCGACCGACAAUCCCUACGGCUUUGACAUCGUCGUGGAAGCCACCGGCGCACCCACCGUUUUGGAAAAGUCCAUCGAGUAUGUACGGAAAGGUGGCAAGCUAGUUGUUUACGGUGUAUACGAUGAGAGUGUCAAGAUUGCAUGGUCGCCCUUCCGAAUCUGGGAGAACGAGAUCACAAUAUUGGCCAGCUUCUGCAGCAUGAGCCACAUACCGCAUGUCUUGGAGUAUGUAAAUGCUGGAAGGUUGAAGUUGGGGGGCAUUGCGAACAAGACGUAUAGGAUUGAGCAAUGGGAGGAGUGCCUGGACGCUGUGAGGAAACAAGAAGUGGUCAAGGCUGCUAUCGUGUUCGACUGA